AUGUGUCCUCCCAACUGCAAGCCCACCUUCACCGCCUUCACCCGGCUCACCCGCCUCGACACGGAGGUGUCAACCCCGCCCCUCCUCCCCUCCUUUGACGGAACUCAGCCUCUUCAGCCCUGGAUCGCCCAAGCGCACGCCAUUCUCAACGCCCACCCCUCCUUCUUCCUGAAGGAGGAGGACAAGAUCGAGCACCUUGCCAAGUCUCUCCGCGCCCGCCCCCGCGCGUGGUACGGCUAUCACCGUUCCCUCGUCUACCUGAACAGCCUGGACACAUUUCUCGCGCAGCUGCUCUUCCACUUCGACACGGGUGUGCGUAUCCCCUCGUCUGACGGCUCGAGGCGGCUCGCGAUCGACUUUCUGAACUGCCGCCAGGAGCUCGGCGAGAGCGUUUUCGACUACAGCGCCCGUUUCGGCCGCCUGCGCAAGGAGUAUGCCAAGGAGCACCUCGACAGUCUUGCGGGGCACUACGGCACGCGCGCGGGUCAGAGGGAACUCAUGGCGCUGUGGUAUCUCUUUGGCCUGGAGCGCAGGCUCCGCAAGGCCGUCAUGGUCGAGUGUCCGGAUGUGAGCAAGGUCAGCGAUGUCGAGGCUGUGGCGCUGCGCUGCGAGGCGAACGUUGCCCAGAUUCGUAAGGGCAAGGAGGCCAAGAAGGAGAAGCACACUAGUGAUGCGGAGGCGCUGGGGGCUGGGGGCCGCACGUUGAGGAUGUUGGACGUGGCUAUGCCCCCCGUUGCUUGUGCCAAGUCUGGUCGUUGA